CUAACAACAUGAGAAUUGUAUCUGACCACAUUGAAUGUUUAUGUUAAUCUAAUUUGUGCAUUGUGCAUAGCUGUAUUUGACAUCUCCAAUGCCAAAACGUGUUUUUAAAAAAUAUCUUAAAUGUUGCCUUAAAAAACACAGACCACGAAAAUGAUUGGGCUUUAACUUCUUAGUUCUUUGUAAGUUGUCGCUUUAGGUAUUUGCAGUUUGCUUGCAUUAAUAUUUAUCUCGUGAAAGCAAUAGAAGGUUUGAUUUUGGCCCAAAAAAGAAACUUGAUUGUUUACUUACCUAUCUAGUUAAAGGAGCAGAUCUGACACAUUCAAUUUGGCCGAUGCAGUCACGUAUGUCAUCAACGAGUACGCGACAAAUCGCACAAGGUAUCUGUAAAUUGGACUACAUAACCCGUCGUGCACCAAGAUACGUUUACGUCUUUUUACGACACUUCUAAACACUUUUCCAUGCAACGUACUCUGUUUUGUCUCCACUUCGAAAUACACUCAUCUGUCAAUUGCGGGCUUCAAACAUGUUCAACAAAAAAACUAGGAGAAUUUUUCGACAGCGAAAAGGGGACUCGAGCGAUGAGGAGGAAAUGACCGGAAACGGUGCAGAUGGAGCCGGCUCAGAGAAGGCGGCAAAGGUUGUGCCUAAUAAGCCGUCCAGACUGGGUCACUGCCGUGGGAUAUCGUGCAGCUCAAAGCGUGAAUCCGCUCCAUCAAAGUUGGAUGAAAGUGACGGAGAAGACGUGGAAACAGCCACAAUGAUGGCAGACGACGAAGAAGAUGGAAAAGACAAUGAUGUCAUCAAGAAGAAAACAAGCACCGUCCUCAGUUUCUCUGACGACAAAGAACCUCUGGAACCCGAGUUUAAGCUAAAGAGGUCCCUUGAUAAAGCCGUCUUUUUCCAAGUUAGGAAAAAGGAAGCUCCACCUGCCAGGAACAACCACAAUGCUGAACCAGAAAGGAACCAAACAUGUGCCUCUGUCAGGCAAGAUGAUGACACCCAAGCAUCCCCACAAAGUUCUCACCAAAGUGAUGACAAUGAUGAGGAAGUGGUGAAUGAUGAUGAUGAUGAUGAUGAUGAUGAGGUUGAUGCCAGUUCAUCUUCAUCUAGCUCAAAAUGCAGCUACUCUGCUGUCAAGCCAGUUGUGAUCCCCAAUGCGAGGAUGAUUGAAGCAGCCAAAAGGCAGCGGCGUAACAUUAGAGCCCACAAAGAGUUCAUCCCCCUGGACAAAGAUGGUCGAAGUUCCUUGGGUAGCACCCCAGAGCACUGCCUCAAGGAAGAAAUGCAGGAGGAGGAAGAUGAAGACAGGGUUAACGAUGAUGAUGAUGAUGAUCCAGAUGAUCAUGACAGAAGAAUAGAGUUUGCACCUCGAUUCAAAAGCGUCAAGGAGAGGAUUGCGGAGAAACUUGGAGAAAGUGUUGGCUGCCUGUCAGGGAGUGACGAAGAAGAGCAGGAGCUUUGGGAGGAGACACAAAUUGAGAAGGGAGUCAAGAGAUGGCCUGGUGGACAGAGCCCAUCUGGCAGUGAGUCCAGCAGCUACAGCAGCAGUAGCUUCCAGCGCGAUGAACAUCAGAGACAUAAGAAGAAAUCAGCAGGGCUCAAGAUCCCAAAGAUGCUCCCCUCUGUCACUGUCUCAAUGGUUAAGCGGAGGAUAGCUGGAAAAUUAGACUCCCUGAAGGAGGUACACAGUGCGCGGCGGGCCCAGCUGAGUCGGAUGGAGGGAGAUGCUGAGAGUGCUAAAACCUCUGUGGAAUCUCUGGAAGAAGGCUCAUCAGAGAAACAACUGAAAUUUUACAGAGAUAUGACCCUCUUUGCCCACAAUUUGGUGGAGUGUCUGCAGGAGAAGACUGUUGAAAUCAACUCAUUGGAGCUGGAGCUGCACACGCUACUUUCGAGCCAGAUGGUGGCACUGUGCGCCCAGAGACAACAGAAGAUCCAGGAGCAUGCCCAGCACCUGCAGCAAUUCAGCUCCAGUGACAGUUCCACCAAUGGAGCAGACGCUGAGAGAGUUGAAGGUACAUGUCAUAAACCUGUGGAAGACUGUGAUAUACCUGAAGAUGCCCCGCUUUCAAGUGAGGAGGAAGAACAUCUGGAGAAGGAAACGGCUGCCAUCCUGCUGAAGUCCCAGGAGAUCUUUUCUGACGUUCAUGACGACUUUCAUGACGUUAAAAGGAUUUUGUCUCGCUUUGAGGAAUGGAGAAGCUUCUACUCUGACUCUUACCACACUGCGUACAUCUCUCUCUGUUUGCCCAAGUUGCUGAACCCCAUCAUAAGGCAGCAGCUGCUUGGAUGGAAUCCUCUAAAGGAUACCAACGUGGACUUUGAAAAGCUCCCUUGGUUCACUGCGGUGGAGACCUUUUGUCACGGCCAUGGUCACGAAGAGUUAGAAAAUAUCGACAGAGAGAUGCUUUCUAAUGUCAUCGAAAGGACAGUCAUACCCAAAAUAACAGCCUUUGUGGAGCUGGUUUGGGACCCCAUGUCCCUCCGUCAGUCAGCUUGUCUCACCGAGCUAUGUCACAGGCUGAGGGAGGACUAUUCAAUCUUUGAAGGAGAGCAGAGUAAGCCGGUCACGACGCUCACCAAGGCAGUGAUUGGCCGACUAAAGAACUGUGUAGAUGAAGACGUCUUCAUCCCAUUGUACCCCAAAAAACUCAUAGAGGACAGGCUCUCUCCUCAAAGUCAAUUUCGGAACCAACAGUUCUGGAUGGCAAUUAAGCUUUUAGGAAACAUGGGAAAAUGGGAUCCACUGCUGCCCGAUUCUGCGCUGAAGGAGUUGAUGUUGGACAAACUGGUGUGCCGAUAUUUGAUGAUCACCCUUGGCAGCCAGACACUGUCCAACAAUGACAUUCGGGCAUGCAAAAGGAUCGCAGACAGCCUGCCAACCAGUUGGUUCAGAGGAAAGAAUGAAUGUUUGCCUCAGCUCCAGUCUUUCAAAAAUCACCUCGUACAGAAGGCUCAUGAUAUUUGUAAACACCAACCUCCUGAAGCUCCAGACACAAGGCUUACAGUGGUUGAAGUGCUGCAAAUUCUGAGUAGAAUACGAUGCCACGACGCCAUCAUGAGCAUAGCUGAAAAAUACCACUGUGAGGAUGUUAUAUACUCUCAUCAGCUGCUCAAUCAAGAGACGGAAUGAACACUCAUCAAAAGAUGACAGGUUUCCUAUUGAAUCUGCUGCCAUUCUACAAAAAAGUGGUCCAAAAAAAAUUUGAGGCUCAUCACCACCAAGAGCAAUACAGUAGUUUGAUUUUUUUUUUGUAAGCAAUUCAGAGUUUCUAUAUGAGAAAGGACUGUAUUUUUAUAAAUAAAGAUGGAUUUUAUUUUCAAUGAAA